CCAUUUCCUUUUACUGCUUUUCUUUGACUGUGUUGAGUUCUUAAAGAUUGAUACUUUUGUUCUGUGUCUUUUGGCCUCCUUGGCUGGUUGAAGAUGUUGAAAUUAGUAUUUCUUAAUGUUUCCAUGAAGUGGACAACUUUAGAUUUAUACUAAUUGUCUGAAACUUCUUGGAGGAAUUAUUAAGAAAGAUUAACAAUUUGGAGUGUUUUUACCCGUUUGUGAAUCCAGGGUUGACUUGUUGUAUAGGAUUGAAGCUCUUUCCAUACAUGUUUUGAGCAUCGGGAUUCUGCGAUGUGGACAUGUAGGAUAGAGUAUCAUGUUUUACUGCUUUUAUCCGCCUUUAAGAUCCGGGUAUUCUUCUUGUUAUCAUUGCUUGUACUAUUUUCAGCCAAACAAGAAACGAUGUUUCGGAAUUUUCACGAGGGUAUGGAAAGAAAUGGAACAAGACCAAGAUUUCAUGAGCUACGCCAUCAAACCAAAAAACCGUCGGGACAUUGAGAAUCAUAUCAGCAAUUUUCUAGCUCAUCUUGUGAUUUAUUGGGUUUUAUUAAAGAAGCUUCAUGGGUUCCAGAUACCCGUCUCACCGACUUGGCAAUGGCCUUGUUGUAUCUGGUCGACCUGAGCAGCCAAAAGAAAAGGCUCCAACAAUGAGCUCAGCUGCCAUGCCUUAUACAGGUGGGGAUAUUAAGAAAUCAGGAGAGCUGGGGAAAAUGUUUAUCCCUUCGGAAGGCUCCAAGUCUAGGAAAUCUGGGCCAAUAACUGGGCCUCCUUCAAGGACUGGAUCUUUUGCAGGGGCUGCUUCACAUUCAGGUUCAAUGAUGUCAAAUGCUGCUCCUCGUGCUGGCUAUACCACAUCGGGUCCUGUACCCUCUGGAGGCUUGCCUGGUUCAGCUUCACUAAAGAAAUCGAGUUCUGGACCACUAAAUAAACAUGGGGAACCCAUAAAGAAGUCCUCUGGCCCUCAAUCUGGUGGAGUAACACGACAAAAUUCUGGAUCUAUUCCAUCAGCCCUGCCAGCAACCGGUCUCAUAACAUCUGGACCUAUUUCUUCAGGACCAUUAAAUUCUUCCGGUGCUCCUCGGAAAGUAUCUGGUCCCUUGGAAUCCACAGGUUCAAUGAAAUUAAACAGCUCCUCCAUUGGUAACAACCCAGCUGUGACUACUUUAAGUCAGGAUGAUGACUAUUCUGUGAGGAAGAACUUCCCAAAAACAGUAGUAUGGUUGGUGAUACUGAUUUUUGUGAUGGGAUUGCUUGCUGGUGGUUUUAUUCUUGGAGCUGUUCACAACGCCAUCCUCCUCGUUGUUGUUGCAGUUCUUUUUGUCAUAGUUGCUGCAUUAGUUGUUUGGAACAUGUGUCGGGGAAGUAGAUCUAUCAUAGAGUUCAUUGCCCGUUAUCCUGAUACUGAUCUCAGAACUGCAAAAAAUGGACAAUAUGUGAAAGUUUCUGGGGUGGUUACCUGUGGCAAUGUCCCUUUGGAGUCUUCAUUCCAAAGAGUUCCUAGAUGUGUCUAUACCUCUACAAGAUUAUAUGAGUAUCGUGCAUGGGGUUCAAAACCAGCCAACCCUAAUCACCGCCAUUUUACAUGGGGACUGAGAUCAUCAGAGACACAUGUUGUUGAUUUCUACAUCUCUGAUUUCCAAUCUGGUUUAAGAGCAUUGAUCAAAACUGGCAGUGGCACGAGGGUAACCCCUUUUGUUGAUGAGUCCUUUGUUGUUGAUAUUAACCCUGGAAAUAAAAACCUGUCUCCAGAGUUUGUCAGGUGGCUGGGAAAGAGAAAUCUUUCGGGUGAUGAGCGUCUAAUGAGAUUGAAAGAAGGGUACAUCAAAGAAGGCAGCACUGUUAGCGUGAUGGGAAUUGUUCAGAGAAAUGAAAAUGUGCUUAUGAUAGUCCCGCCUCCGGAGCCAUUGGCAACUGGAUGGCAAUGGCCCAGAUGCAUCUUUCCAGCUAGCCUUGACGGUAUUGUUUUGAGACAUGAAGAUACAUCAGAUGUUGAUGUGAUACCUGUAUAGUUAGCACUUAGCAGUGUCCAGACCAAAAACUUCUCUACUUAUCCCGAACCACAUAUUACCACGUUUCCUCUAUUAAUACCAAGUUAGUCAUGCAACGUUGCUGCUUUUUGUAGUUCCCAGGUACUGAUGGUCGAAGAUGUGAUUGUGCUUUUAGUUUUCUUCUUUAAUUUGCCAUCUGAACUAUGCUGUAUAGAUUUCUGAGAUUUCUUUUCCAAUUCUUUAAGAACAUUAGCUUUCAUAAAGCUAUGUACAGAAGACUGGUUAUACACCAUGGUUGUUUCUUCAAAAUACGGGACUCAUCGCAAGCAAGCUUCUUGGUUA